AUGGCGGUUAGUCAGCAGCAACAACAGCAGCAGCAGGCCGUGAGCAAACCGGCCGGCGGGAAACAUGGUAACGUCUUGCCGUUAUGGGGCAACGAGAAGACGAUGAACCUCAACCCCAUGAUCCUGACAAACGUCCUGUCGUCGCCAUACUUCAAGGUGCAGCUGUACGAGCUCAAGACGUACCACGAGGUGGUGGACGAGAUAUACUUCAAGGUCGACCUCCUCUGCAUCGCACCUAUUUUGAGUCAUUGCAUAGAGUUGGACGUGAAGGCUGGAGGAGGGUGCGUAAUGACGGUCGGAGAGAUGCUCCGCUCCUUCCUGACCAAGCUGGAAUGGUUCUCAACGUUGUUCCCACGAAUUCCUGUUCCUGUUCAGAAAUCAAUCGACCAGCACAUGAAGGGCCGACCACGUAAACCCCCGCAGAAAGAUUCGCAGAAUGAAGAGGCGGCAGCCGAUUCAGGAAGGCAUGGAGAUAGGCGCCAUUCCAGGACACCUAGGAAAAGUCCCAGUCCCAAGAGAUCCCAAAAUCGUUCACGGAGUCGCAGCCAUCACAGAGAAAAACAAGGCGCCAAUUUCGACCGUGAACUGGAGAGAGAACGAGAUCGGCAGCGCAAAGAACGGGAGGGAAAGGACCGGGAUAGAGACAGAGAGCGGGAGAAGGACAGGGAGAGAGACCGAGAUAGACGACGCUCCAGAACACCAGACCGAACCAGGGAACGACGCCGGAGUCGCAGCGCCAGUCGAGAGAAGCGGAACGAGAGGAAAGACAGAGAGAAAGAAAAGGAGGCAGAGAAUGAGAGCGAGCAUAGUCGCAAGAAAGACAGAGAGCACCAUAAAGAUAGGGAGAGGUCCAAAGACAAGAGGAGUAAAGGAGAGGGGGAAGAGAGGCGGCACAAGGAAAAUAAGGAGGAAAGAAAGCACAGGGAAGAAAAGAGGAGUAAACGGUCAAGAAGCAGAGACCGGAAACACAAAACCGAGCGAUCUAGCAAGAAGCGCUCCCGCUCGGGCAGCAGGAGCAGGCAGGAAUCAGGGGAGGAGAAGAACAGGAAAAGGGAACGCAGCCAUAGUAAGGAACGCUCACACAAACGCAGUCGGAGCAAAGAGCACUCGCACCGACGAGAAUCCAGCAAUGGACGAGAACAUGUGAAACAAGAGCGUCCCAGUCCUGAAAAAGGAGAAAGAACAAACAGUUUUCGAGCAGAGUCUCCCUGAUCCAAGUCUGUCUCUAUCUCCCCCUCCUCCUCUCUCUCAAAUUCCCUCUGUACCUUUAUUCCAGUCCCUCUCUUAUUACUUCAUGUCUUUAUCUUUAAUCCUCUUGUGCACCACUUGUUGAAGAAAGCAUAUGGAAAAGCCUGGAUUUUUUUUCCUGCACUGUUAAUUGCCACUUGUGUAGAUACCAAAAAAUGUAAUUUUCUCUCAGUUGCCCAUUACAGAUGUCCAGACUGAAAAUGCCAUUUUAAAACUUUUUUUUUUAAUCCUCUUUCUCUCCCAAUUUGUUUUCUGGAUUUUCACAAAUGGCUUUGUACAUAGAGCUCAGAGAAUGUUUUAAAUUUCUGCUGAAAGCUUUGCUGACAUUGUGCCGUUUCAUUGCUCUGUUGCAUCUCGUUUUCUAAUAAAAUUAUUGUAUG